ACACGGCCCCUGCUGGCGCAGGCUCUGAUUCUCCCUCUCCCGGUCCUGCUGGGCGUUUGCAGACAAGUGCAUCUCCCCGGCAGGUCGCACUUCAGCCCGCGUCCCGCGCCCGGUGCGCCGGUCCUCCGGAGUCAGACCGCGGGCGGGCCCCGCCGCCGAGCGCGCGCGGAGGAAGGACCCCAAGACUCUGCCGGACUCGAGACCCCCGGGGUCGGACCCACGACCGCGAUGCGCGCCCCGGGCUGCGGGCGGCUGACGCUGCCGCUGCUGCUGCUGCUGCUGGCCGCGGCCGCGCUGGCCCAGGGCGACGCCAAGGGGCCCCGCGAGGGCGAGACCCCCGGCAAUUUCAUGGAGGACGAGCAAUGGCUGUCGUCCAUCUCGCAGUACAGCGGCAAGAUCAAGCACUGGAACCGCUUCCGAGACGUGAGUCUGCAGGGGCGCGACGACUACAUCAAGAGCUGGGAAGACAGUCAGCAAGGAGAUGAAGCCUUGGACACCACCAAGGACCCGUGCCAGAAGGUGAAGUGCAGCCGCCACAAGGUGUGCAUUGCCCAGGGCUACCAGCGGGCCAUGUGCAUCAGCCUCAAGAAGCUGGAGUACAGGAUCAAGCAGCCCGCCCUGAGACCCCGCCCGGGCAGAGACCCACUCUGCAAGCCCUGCCACAUGGACCAGCUGGCUUCAGUGUGCGGCUCCGAUGGCCACACCUACAGCUCGGUGUGCAAACUGGAGCAGCAGGCGUGCCUGAGCGGCAAGCAGCUGGCCGUGAGGUGCCAGGGGCCCUGCCCCUGCCCCAGGGACCAGGCGACCACCUCCAACCCUGAUGGCAAAGCAGAGACGUGCACGGGUCAGGACCUGGCUGACCUGGGGGACCGGCUGCGGGACUGGUUCCAGCUCCUUCACGAGAACUCCAAGCAGAACGGCUCAGCAGGCAGCAGCGGGACCAGCCCGGCCAUGGGCCUGGACAAGAACCUGGGGGCCAGCUGCAAGGACUCCAUCGGCUGGAUGUUCUCCAAGCUGGACACAAGCGCGGACCUCUUCCUGGACCAGACGGAGCUGGCCGCCAUCAACCUGGACAAGUACGAGGUCUGCAUCCGCCCCUUCUUCAACUCCUGCGACACCUACAAGGACGGCCGAGUCUCGCCGGCCGAGUGGUGCUUCUGCUUCUGGAGGGAGAAGCCCCCGUGCCUGGCGGAGCUGGAACGCAUCCAGAUUCAGGAGGCUGCCAAGAAGAAGCCGGGAGUGUUCAUCCCCAGCUGUGACGAAGACGGCUACUACCGGAAGAUGCAGUGUGACCAGAGCAGCGGGGACUGCUGGUGUGUGGACCAGCUGGGCCUGGAGCUGAGCGGCAGCCGCAUGCACGGGAGCCCCGACUGCGAUGACCUCGUGGGCUUCUCGGGGGACUUUGGGAGCGGCGUCGGCUGGGAGGACGAGGAGGAGAAGGAGCCAGAGGAAGCGGGCGAGGAGGCCGAGGAGGAGGAGGGCGAGGCCGAGGCGGGCGAGGCGGAUGACGGCGGCUACAUCUGGUAGUGGCCAGAGGCCGGGAGACGGCCUGCAGGGACCCGGAGAGACAGCUAGCGGACGGAUCCGGAAAUGAUGGUCGGAUGGCGGGGGCGCGAGUGCAGGUGGCAGGUGUGACCUGGGCGGCGGGAAAGGUGUGUGCAUGUGAAAGGGAGUGCUGUGUGCAUGUGUGAGAGCGCAUGUGUGUGCGUGUGUGAGAGGGAGUGCAUGAGUGUGAGUGCAGUUGUGCAUGUGUGCAUGCAUUUGUGUGAGAGGCAGUGCAUUUUUGCAUGUGUGAGAAUACGUGUGCCAAGGAGUUAUGUGCACACAUGUAUGUAUGUGAGUCAUGCACAUGUGAGUGUAUUUGUGUAUGUGAGAGGGAGUACAUGUUUGCAUGUGCUCAUGUGCACAUGUGAGAACAUGUGAGGGGGACAUGUGGGCACAUACAGGUUUGCAUGCAUGAGAGCAUGUGUAUAUAUGUUUGUGAGAGCACGCACAUAUGUGUACGUGUGUGUGUAUGUGUGUGUGUCACCAACAUGCAGGACCAAGGGGCAUCUGCUGAUUGCCCUCAGUCUACAUGGCUCCUGGCAGAGCGAGUCAUGGUAAAAACCCCCUUCAGCCCCCUGGGCGUUGUUUUCUUUCAUUUUGCUGCUGCUUCUAAAAUAUACGGAACCACAUAGACCCGCCAUGCAGAAAGGCCGACCUGAAUUGAAUGAGACACCCCAGCCUUGCCCCGAGCCCCCUGCCUCCCCCGCUCCCCGCUCCCCGCUCCCACCCAGAUUCCCAUCUCCACCACCUGCCCUCCCUUCUCCUGACUGGGCCCCCUCGGAGGGCACCUCCCUGCUCUCUCUGGCUUGGGCGGGCCGCCCCAUCCUGCUGGGCCCGCCCUGCGCUCCUCACCUGGGGAGAAGUGCUGGGGCCAGGGAUGGGCUCACUGGGGCCAGACCCGGGAGCAGUCAGGACUGGAGGCCCAGCAGCCCUGAGCCCCGCCCCCUGUCCAGCCCAGCCCCCUUCUGCGUCCCACCCAGUGGCAGUGCAGAGAGCUCUGCGGCUGGCCGGGGAGUAGGGUCUGGGACCAGGGUGCCCCCCCGCCCCCUCUGCCCAGACCCCUUCACCAAGGGGGAAGGCUGCUCCCCAGGCGUGUCCACCCUGAUGGCUCCUCUCUCUGCUCUGCUUCUUCAAGCCCUGUCAUAGCAGGUGGGGUGGGGCAGCCACUUCUGUGGCUGUGGGGCCCUUUCUGUCCCCUCCCCGUGACCCCAGCAGGACGGAGCCCCCGUGGCCGAUGACUUCCCCUGCCCUCCACUCCUUUCUCCCAGCCAGGCAAACAAACCCCUCAGUCUUGCUGCCGAAGGCUCUCCUGCCAGACUCGGGCAUUUGCAGCUUGUGGAUGUGUGGUGAACGCAGCAUGUGUGUGCCCGUGUGCGUGCGUGCGUGUGUGUACCCAUGUGUGCAUGUGUGUACCUGUGGGAGUAUAUGAGCCCGCGUGCAUGUGUGUGUGCAUGUGUGAGCCCACAUGUGUGCAUGUGUGUGCAUGUGUAGAAGUGUGUGCAUGAGCCAUGUGCGUAUGUGUGUCUGCAUUUGUAUAUGAGCCCACAUGCGUGCAUGUGUGCAUGUGAAAGCCUGCAUACGUAUGUGAGCCCAUGUGCCUGUGUCCUUGUAUGUGUGAGGGACAUGCAUGUGUUUGUAUAUAUGAGGAAGCCUGCAUGCUCAUACAAGUGUGUGAGCCUGUGUGUAUGUGCCUGUGUGAACCUGCCUGUGUGAGCCCAUGUGCCGGCAUGCAUGUGUGCGUGCAUGUGAGUGUGUGGGAGCCCGCAGUCGUGUGUAUGCGCAGCGACCGCCCUGGGGGUCUGGGAUGCAAGGGGCUGUGGAGUGCGGGGAUGCACAGGGCAGUGAGUUCUCUAGGAGAGAUCCCAGCCUGGCUCCUCCGGCUCCUGCAGUGUCUCCUGUGCCCGCUGGACUUCAUGGCCACUGCCGCCCCCCAAGCCCAGAGCCCGCCCCUUCCCUCCCCCCAGGAACCUGUAUCCCUCCAGCCCUUGCUUGGGGAACACAGUGGAACCCCAGCUUUCCUGGAAACCGCUUCUGGUUCCGCAGCGUGUUCUGAGCUUGAAGGUGUGGGCCUGACCUGCUCUCCAGGGCGCUGCAGUCCCCCCUGCCUCGGGGCUGACCCCCCGCUCUCCAGGGCGCAGCCCCUGCCCUGGGCUGAUCUCCACUCUCCAGGGUGCUCCCCGCCCUCUGCUAUGAGGCCGACCCCCUCUCUCCAAGGCAGCCCCCUGCCCCGGGACUGACCCCCUCUCUCCAGGGCGCCCUACCCCUUCCCCGGGACUGACCCCCUUUCUCCAGGGCGCCCUCCCCUUCUUCCCAGGCCCUGUCCAACCUGGCUCAGUUUAGGGAAACGCUGCCCUCUGCUCGCUCUGAGCUACUUGAAGCUUCUGCUUGCUAGGAUUGGCGUCUGUCUGUCUGUCUGUCUGUCUGUCUCUGCCCUGGGUGGUGUCGGGACGCUGGGAGUGCUCAGGGGCCAGGAGAGGGAGGAGGGGCUGUCCCUGUGCCCCCCCCCGCAGCCCAGUCUCACGGCUACACGUUUUCAUGACCUUGUAAUACGUGGUAGAAAGAUGGAGGGGUUUGGUCCAGCCCUGCCUCGGAGCCCCCAGCAGUGGACACAGAGAGCCUGUCCCUGGGAGCAGGGGCUGGUCAGGCAGCUGGGACUCCUUGUGAGCAAAGCAUGGGGCCCCUGGCCGGGCUGCUGGGCACCUCCGUGACUCCUCCCCCCACUGUCCCCUCCUCUCCCCAGCUGAGGCUGGCAGAGCUAAGGGGUGAAGAGAGCUGAACCACCCUUGUCUGGCCUUGGCGCCACCCAGGGCCACCUGGGAUGCCGGGAGAGGUGGGAUCCCCCGAGAUGGGGUGGGGUGGGCUUGGAGAACACGCAUGUGCCUUGAGAGACCAUUCAGAGGUGGCGGGGCAGGGGGGACGGUGUGGGGGGCACAGGAAGGGGCUUCGGGGAAGCGGCGAAAGCUGUGCUGCUUGUCAUCUCCGCCCCGAGGGCCCCGCUGGAGCGCUGAGGGUCCCACUUCCUUGGUGGCUCCGCACCCUUAGCCUUUCCCAGCCCCCUGCUUCCUGCUUUACCCUGAGGUGGGGGCCACUGCGUCCACGCAGGAACAUCCAUCUCCCCAGUGGCCCCCACUCAGCCUGCAGCCUUGCUGUCGUCUUGAUGAGGCUGUGCGGGCCAGACGGGGUCGAAGGGCAGAGACACGGGGGUCCCGGGGUGGAGGGGCAGACAGGGGGUCUGAGACUGGCACAGGAAGGAAGACCCCAGCAGAGCAAACCGCUUUAUCGCCUGAAGCCUAAUUAAACUGUGUUCCGUGCAGUCACUGAGCUUAGAGUUAAGAGUCGUGUCCCCGUGCUUGGGUUUCUGUCUGUAUAUUUAAGUGCAGAAAUCGUAUCUCAGUAAUUCUAGAUGUCUUAAAAAAAAAAAAAACAUAAAAAAAUCCCAGAAAACAAAACCAAGUGUUAGACCGUGUGUGUGCAUUGAAGGGCACCCGCCUCCCGUGGGUCCCCGCCCCGGCCUCCCCGCCCCUCUCGCUCCAGCCCCCAUGUCCACUUGGGGACUCGCCUUGUGUUGUCUUGACCCGCCUAUUACUCAGCCCAAGGAAAUAAGUCCGCCCCAUGCAUACAUAAAGGAAACAAAUGUUAUUUUUAAGAAAACAAAAUAAAAACUUUAUAAACACG